CGCACUAUCAGUGUAUCUGGAGCGCGCACGUACAGCAAGGAGGAGGCUGUCCGGUGAGGGAGCAACUGACGCAGCAUGGAUAGAGGGCUAAGACUCCUGACUACCCAGACAUGGCAGAUCGUAAACCGUCAGUCUUUCAGUAUCUCCGUAUCCUGUUUGGCUAUCCAGAAGAUGACCAGGGUUCGAGUGGUUGAUAACAGCACAAUGGGUAACACUCCGUACCACCGUCCACCUCGCUGCAUCCAUGUCUACAACAAGUCUGGGGUGGGAAAAGUGGGAGACAAGAUUCUACUCGCCAUUAAGGGCCAGAAAAAGAAAGCGCUCAUCGUUGGCCAUAAAAUGCCCGGGCCUACCAUGACUCCACGAUUCGACUCUAACAACGUAGUGCUUAUCGAGGACAACGGGAACCCUGUGGGGACCCGAAUAAAGAGCCCAAUUCCCACUAGCUUGAGGAAGCUUGACGGGGAGUAUUCCAAGCUCCUGGCCAUAGCACAGACUUUUGUCUGAUCUCAGGAACGGAGAUCACUUUAUUCCGUGUGUCCAUAUCUGACUAAUUCCGGUUGAAGUGAACUAAGAAAGACAAUCUACACCGUGAACUUCACUAAAACCUCAAACAAAUGCCACUUUGUUUAUGUGUAAUGUGUAAAGAAUUUUGUACAAUAUUUUCCUGAUGGUGCCAUUUUAGGUCUUUAGGAUAACAGAAAUAAAAUAACGGAAUUCAUCCAGCAAAACUCAAAAAUAAUUCACAUGGUGUAGUUAUUGGAAACCAAACAAGUCACGGCACAGUUAUGCUCGACACUUCGUUUAUAAAUUCAAAGAAAUAUUUAAUUUUAUUAUUGGCGUCUUUCCUCUUCGUCCUUAGAAGAUACAUUCUAAUAAAAACAAGGACAGAAAGGGCCUGUUUUUAAAAAUGAUAA